AUGAAAGCGGAGGCAAGAGUAAUGCCGAUGAACGUAGUGGAGGAGAUAGAUGAUGCGAUGAGCUUGGGAAAAGUCUCGACUCUGACUUCGGCUAUGGAACAAGUGGACGUAACGACAGGUGAAGCACUUUUUGAUCUAUCGAGUUACACGGGUGGAGCGCCGCUGAUGCCAACAAGAGAUAACGGUACAGGAAACGUGGUGACUGGUAGUCCUUCUGCAACGGUUGAAAUGUUUGAUCAAGACAUAGGCAGCACACAGCACCUCGUAGACAAAUAUUUGGAUGGAGAUGACAAAAAAAUGGGACGGCCAAGUCAUCCAGCAUGGCGAUACUUUGUACGUGGCGAGAAACGCAAUCGUUUUCAUUAUAAUGCAUACUGCAGAUUAUGCAGCGAGAAUGGAAUUGAACCUGUUCCUGUCAGAGGUGUGUCAGGCAAUAUGAUCCGACAUUUGCAAAAAUGUAGUUAUUGUCCUGAUGAGGUAGUGACGCAGUUAAAGCUACUUUGUGCACAGAAAGAUGCAGCAAAUUUCAACAAGCGGCAUCAGUCGCACAAUCCUAGCGUUGAUAUGCUGCUGCAGGAAACGUCUUUAGCUCCGAAGAAGAAGACACGAAGAAGUCAAGAUCCAGACAGCGCUGCCGUUCUACCGAGCACAGCUGGAGAAAAAGACAGUGGUGCACAGGACAAGGUUCAAGUGGAAGAUUGUAGACCACUACAGCUUUCGUCAUUAUCUUCCGAGAGAAACAUCGGGCUUUCUAGUAUGUCGUCAUCCAAACCGCUGGUCUACGAGCAAAACCUUUCAGCAUCAAAUAAACCAGGUAAGCUGGACAAGCCUGGAUCUCGUAGUACUACUAAGACACACGGCAAAUUGUGUGCUCCACAAUUGCACAGGCCAAGUGGACUGCGUAUGAACCAAUCUGUAACCAGUGGUAUCGAUGCAGAUGCUUUGAGCAAGUUGGUAAUGUCAUCGUCACUGUCAACGGGACUACCAUGGGAUUGGAUUUGGACGGAACAGGCUGCACUGCUGUUUGGACACGCGCAUUCCAAGAUAGAGCUGCCAAGUGCUGAGCGGCUUACGUCAAUGGGAGCUAUGUCUCAUGAAAAACAGAUUAUGAAGAUGAAAGAUGAGCAAAUUGGAAUUACGCUGGCUGUAAACUGGUGGGUGGCCAAGUAUCCAAGAUCAAGUUUUGUUCUGAUCUCCCUCGUAAAUGCUCUUGGUGAAGCAGCAACCUGGGAGCUCUAUGACACUGGAAUUGAAGACAGUGCACUAGAAUCUCUUGCUGAAAAAAUUAGGAUCAGCUUGACUGAUUUGCGGGGAAGAGGAAUUCAUGUAAUUAAUAUUGUUGCGGAACCCGCUCUGGCAUAUGCAGCUGCUCGUCUUGCCGUCGCUUCUAGUGAGUGGACAAGUUUGUCUAUCCCGGUGCUGCCAUGCUUUUCACAUUUGCUGCAAGUGCUACUUGGUGUCGUCAUGACUGAGUCAAACAAAUCAGUGAGAACCAUUGGUGAAGUGAUCGAGAUCAUAAGAAUUUUCUCAAAUCAUCGUGUGCUUAGGGUGCUGCGGCGUGAGUGUGGUGAUCCAGAUGUAAUGCUGCAUGCGCCAACACGGUUGAACUGGUAUUCCUUUAUUGAAGCUGUUGAUUCCGUCCGACAAUAUGAAGAUAUGAUCAAAAUUAUAGCGUCUAAGGUUGCUCAAGCUUCGUCAGACCCUAGAGAUUUGGCAGGCCGAUCAUUGCGCCGAUCAUUGACCGGUAAUUUACGCAAAGAUAGUGUGGGAAACACUGUCGAUGAGCUGAUAGAGUGUGGCCUAUCAAGUCGCGUAAUACGGACAAUCCUGAAUCCUGAGUUUUGGGAAAACGUAAUGGCAUUGAGCGAGCUAAUGUCACCACUGAAGGAGACAUACGAAAUAAUGAGCAGUGCUUUCACGAUGUCUUUUUCAUUGUCGGAUGUUUUUUACCAACUCGGAAGAAUGCAGCAGCAAUACAGAAUUAUUUUGACUGACCGCGAGGACACUGCGGGUGGGCGACGAUCUGUUGAGCAAGUUCGCUUUUUGCUGCAGAAAAUUAAUGAUAUGUGGAAGCUGUAUGAUCAGCAACUUAUGGUGCUGGGAUAUACGUUUAACUACAAUCUUCAGCACCCACUUUUUGCUCGCCAUCAACCAUCGCUCCAAUGGCUUUCGAUUGGAAAGUAUGCAAAACAAUAUUUUCGGGAGUGGUUUUGCGCGGCAUCAUUAAUACGGAAUCCUUCGCGUUUGCUGGCUUUGAGUGAUGAAGCUAUUGCACAAUUUAUGGAAGACAUCUUGGCAUUCAAAGAACGUAAGUAUCCGUUUGACUCGGGAUCCAUGUGUGACUUUGAUAACCCCAGGCUUUUUUACAUGUUGGUGUCCGACUCACGUCCAUUGAUGCACAUGUUCGGGUCUCGGCUGUUUAGCUUUAUGACAAGUACCCCACCUCUGAGCAAUGUGGUUCCUCGAAAGUGCUUUAUCCCUUCUGCAUCUUCAGCGACGUGUCCUCAGCAAACUUUGUUGCCGCUACUGAGAAUGAAGUUGUUUGCUCAAACGGCAUUGCGACCGUCGAAGGAUAUGCUUGGGUUCCUUCAAAGCAACAGACCUAAGGGUUGUAUGGCAAAUAGAAUUAUUAGCGGCGAUAUGCGUGAGCCGAUGUCAGAAGCUGAUAUAGCAACUUCACCGAUCCUUCCGAGCUUCAGUACCGAUGGACGGGUUGACGUAGGUGAAGCUGACGAAACACUUGAUAGGAUAUGGAGUGAAAGGGAAUGGACGGCGAUGGCUAAAGAUUGGAAAACGCAUUGGGAAAAAGAGACCGAUGCAAGCAGUCUACUUCAAACCCCAGGAGUGCUCGAUGCUUCCACACCCAGCUUGGCUCUCGACCAGAUUUUUAAGGAAAAGUUGCCUUCCCGCCUUCGGCACGACCAAGAAGAUGCUGCCGUGGAUGUGUGA